AUGUAUUUGUUAUUGACCAUCGAGUUUACCGAAAGAUUUACCAACUGUAAUCGGAACUACUUCUACAAUCUCAAAACUCAAGCUUCUACAUGGGACCCACCCACAGACAUGGAAAAUCUAGUAUUUCAUAACCUUAAUAAUAAUUCAAAUGAAAUGACUGCUGAGUCACUUCAGAAAUCUGUACAUGGUGGUGGAAUAGAAGAGCUGCUAUCUGAUGAGCUUUCAAAUGGGACUGGAGUGGCUGCUGCUUCUAGUUUGACAAUACCUUCUGUAAGCAAGAGUUUUGAGCUUGCAGGUGAACAUUGUGAGACCAGUGGUACUUGUGAUGCUGAACUUACAUUACGCUUAACAUCAGAUGCCCAGGAAAAUGUUGACAGCAUGCCCAAGGUACCCCCUGGAACAAUUUCUGAUGGUGAAGAUAUUAUUUUAGAAACUGCUGCUUUAGCAAAAAAUCAGGCGGAUACCCUACUUGUAGCUGCCAUUAGAAAAGGGAAAAAGAAAACAAGAAGACGAGCUCAGAGGAAAUUGGCAAGGGAUGAUGAAGAACUUCAAUUCCAAGAGAUAUUUGAGGAGAAUUCUGCCAUUAUUGGUAAAUAUUGGUGUCAGAGAUACCUGCUAUUCUCCAGAUUUGAUGAUGGUAUAAAAAUGGAUGAGGAAGGGUGGUUUUCUGUCACUCCAGAGCCUAUAGCCAGGCAUCAUGCAUCCCGAUGUGGGAGUGGCAUUGUAGUUGACUCUUUUACUGGAGUUGGCGGGAAUGCCAUUCAAUUGGCCCAGAGGAGCGCACAUGUUAUUGCUAUUGAUAUCGAUCCAAAGAAGAUAGAUUAUGCAUAUCAUAAUGCUGCUGUCUAUGGUGUCAAUGACCGAAUAGAUUUCAUAAUGGGAGAUUUUUUCGCUUUGGCACCUAAAUUGAAGGCAGACACUGUCUUCUUAUCACCUCCUUGGGGUGGUCCGGAUUACACUAAAGUAAAGAUAUAUGACCUCAAGACAAUGCUUAGGCCACGUGAUGGGUACUCC